GAGAGAGAGAGAGAGAGAGAGAGAGAGAGAGAGAGAGAGAGAGAGAGGGGAGCGGCGAUGGCAGGUAGCGAUGCGCAGAAGCAGCUCCUGACUCUGAUACGCGACGUCGCCUCCGAGAAAUCACAAGGAGAGCGAAGAGUAGCUGGUCUCAGGAAGCAAAUCGAGGAGCUGCGGUCGGCACUGGAUGCGGUCAACGCGGAACUCGAAGAUGCGAAACUCUGUAGGGAGACUGCCGAGCAAGAGCUGAAAGGCUACGAAGUGGAAUUGGCUGUAAACGAAUCUGCUAUUCAGACUCUCGAGGCUAGGAUUUCCACCAUUCAGGAGGGGAUAUCUGCUGUUCGGUCGGAUCUACAGGAUCUGAAGAGAAAAGACAGGGAAUCUAGAGACGAGUUUAUCGACAAGAUGUAUGAGAUGAAUGCCGAAAUAAGGAAUUUCCAAAAGACGGCAUUCAGAGAUGUUGGUAAAGAGGAUAUCAUCGGAAAUUCAUCCGAAGAUAGCUGCCUAUCUGUGAAGGAGGAUGUUCGUGGGAUAGCUGACAGAACUCUUGAGGAUAAACUGGCUCAUGUGAUAACUGAACUGACUAAGGAAGAAGAGAUGUUUCAAGUAGAGCAGAAUAUGCAAAAGCAGGUCCAGCAAGAAUCGCUUGAUUUGGAAAUGAAAGUGCCGUUAAUGGAGGCAAUUGCGAAGGCAACAAGAGAUUUGCAGGACCUGACUAGGCAGAGUUCCCAGUUAGAACAGAAGUAUUCUGGCCUAGCUGAGGAGCUCCAAAGGAGGAGUGUCUGUCCUUCUUGUCGUCAAAACAACAUUGAGGCUCUUGAAGGCAGUCUUCUGAUUAAUGAAGUGGACUGAUGCUUGUAAGCUUUUCUUUUUAUUUGAAUUACCGAGAUUGAGUUUAUUACUUUUAUUUGAUUAGACAUCCAUCAUAAAUGGACUAUGCUUUUGCUGCAUUCCCAUAAGGAUGAGGCUUCAGCAUUCAAGCUCAAGGUCUUCAUCUGGCACAGAGUUUUCAUGGAUCCUUCUUGCGGCCAAGAUAGAGGUAUAUCGUCUACUGACUAUGUAGCUAAUUUUGUUCUGCCUGCAUGACUAUCAAAAUUUCUUAUUUCCUACUGAUUUCCAUUGAUUGUAAUAACAUUCAUGCUUGAGGGGUAAAAGAUCCAAUCGCAAUUCUUUCA